CCUCUGUCCUCCGUCUGUUCUGUCUUCUGUGUAAAUUCUUCGCACCGUCGAAUGGAACAUACAUACAUUUUUUUCGCAACGAAAAAAUAAUUCUUUUUAUAUAUUUUCAGUCUUUAAUUUUGUUAGUGAUAUUUAAUUUUAUACUCUUAAAUGCAUUACAAUGCAAGUUUUUAAGUUGAAAUGGAAAAUAGAAGCAUACAAUAGCUCGGUGCAGUGUUCAAAAAUAAUAUUUUUGUGAAUGUACCUAUUUGAUGAAUUAUUGUGACAGAAAAGAAAAUAGAAAGUAGAAAAGUCCUGCUGCUUACUUGCUCCGAAUGGUAUAAAAUAUAUGUAAAGUUCAAAUAGCAGAACUGCAACAACAUUAAAUUUUCUUUUUUUUUAUUGAAAUAAUUGUAAAAUUUUUGAAGGCGUUGGAUUUUAAUUUUUCUUUUUCAUUUUUAUUCCUGGAAAUGCAAAGAAAAAAGGUGUCAUUGGUGAUGUGAGUGAGAGUGAGAGCAAGAAGCAAGAGGGAGACAAAAGACACAAGAAAUCAUUGAAUUUUGGAAGAGUACAUACGUACAUUCUUGAAGUGUCAUCGUCGUGAAAUCGGAGUGGUUGUGUUUGCGUGCGUGUGUACUUUUUGGUGGUGAGUGAGUGUGAAGAAAGUUCAAAGUAGUAGAUUGGUCGCACGACAAGGAAGACACUAUAACAAUCGUGUGUGCGGUUUAUGCAGUUGAAGCGAGGUAAUAAAUAAUAAGAAAAAGAGUAAAUCUUUUACCUGUGCUUAAAGAGGGAGAAAAAAUGAUGAAAAUGGAGACUGAUAAAAUAAUGGAUGAAACUAAUUCAAAUUCACAGCCCUUCACAGCAACAAUGCUAUAUGAUCCUGUUCGUAAGAAAGAAUCAUCACCAUCAUUUCAAACCGAACGAGAUACCUGCUUAACAUACUUCUCACAAUGGAACGAAGCAGAUCAAGUUGAUUUUGUUGAGCAAUUAUUAUCUCGGAUGUGUCACUAUCAACAUGGCCACAUUAAUGCGUAUUUGAAGCCGAUGCUGCAGAGGGAUUUUAUAUCUCUUUUGCCCAAAAAGGGAUUGGAUCACAUAGCUGAAAACAUACUAUCGUAUCUCGAUGCGGAUUCGCUUAAAGCAGCCGAAUUGGUUUGUAAAGAAUGGCUACGCGUUCUAUCGGAGGGUAUGCUGUGGAAAAAAUUAAUUGAACGUAAAGUUCGAACGGAUUCGCUGUGGCGUGGUUUAGCCGAACGACGUGGCUGGAUACAAUAUCUAUUUAAACCGCGCCCAGGAUCAACACAUCGGCCACAUUCUUUCUAUCGUGAACUUUUUCCGAAAAUCAUGAAUGAUAUUGAAAGCAUAGAAAACAACUGGAGAACCGGACGUCACAUGCUACGCCGAAUAAACUGUCGAUCGGAAAAUUCGAAAGGUGUUUAUUGUUUACAGUAUGAUGAUGUUAAAAUUGUCUCCGGUCUUAGGGAUAAUACGAUUAAAAUUUGGGACAGAACGGAUCUGCAGUGUGUUAAGACUCUUACUGGUCAUACAGGAUCUGUUCUGUGUUUGCAGUACGAUGACAAAGUUAUAAUUAGCGGUUCAAGUGAUUCCACAGUUCGCGUCUGGGACGUAAAUACUGGUGAAAUGGUCAACACCUUGAUUCAUCACUGCGAAGCAGUUUUACAUUUACGUUUCAAUAAUGGUAUGAUGGUUACCUGCUCGAAGGAUCGUUCGAUUGCAGUUUGGGAUAUGACAUCGCCAAGUGAAAUAACAUUGAGACGUGUUCUUGUUGGUCAUCGAGCAGCUGUUAAUGUUGUUGAUUUUGAUGAAAAAUAUAUUGUUUCGGCAAGUGGCGAUCGAACUAUAAAAGUUUGGUCAACAUCAAGCUGUGAAUUUGUACGUACACUAAAUGGUCAUAAACGUGGUAUUGCUUGCCUUCAGUACCGUGAUCGUUUGGUUGUCAGUGGUAGCUCGGAUAAUUCUAUAAGAUUAUGGGACAUUGAAUGCGGAGCUUGCCUGCGCGUCCUUGAAGGACACGAAGAACUAGUACGUUGCAUACGAUUCGAUUCGAAAAGAAUCGUUAGUGGUGCUUACGAUGGUAAAAUCAAAGUGUGGGAUCUUGUUGCCGCGCUAGAUCCACGUGCUCAAGCGAAUGCACUUUGCCUUAACACAUUGGUGCACACUGGUCGGGUAUUCCGUUUACAAUUCGAUGAAUUCCAAAUUGUAAGCAGCUCUCACGAUGACACAAUAUUGAUUUGGGAUUUCCUCAAUUUUACGCCCAAUGAAACCGCAACAUGCCGGACUCCAUCACCCGCUCUAAUGGAACACUAAUAACGAACAAAAAAUGUAAUACAUAAAACAUAGAUGUCUACCAACAAUUUAAAAUAUACGCAAAAAGAGAUCAACGAGACGCGCAAUACACGAAAAGAAUUUCAAAAACAAAACAAAUACAAAAACAAACAAAAAAAUCAAUUAAUCGUAAAAAAUAAACAAAAUUAAACAAAACAAAAAUCUCUUACAGGCUUAGACCACACUAGAAUUUUCAGCUUAGUUCUUUCCGCGUAGUUUGUAACAAACGGAAAUUAUUAAUGUAGAUCUCAAGAAAUUACCUAAUUCUGAUGGAGACCUAGAAAAAUGUAUUUAUUUAUAGAGGCCUUGGUGGAUCUCUGCUAAGACCUCAGUAAUAUAAAAAAAAAGAAUUAUUAUUCAAGCGUUUCCAAUUGUAGAAAAAGAAAUUGUAGAUUAUUUAUUACAUUUUGACAUGCGGAAAAUACAGUUUUUUGUUUUCGUAUAUAAAUAUUUUAGGUAUAAAGAGAAGAAAUGAAAUAAUAAAAUUCCAUUCGAACAAAAA